CAACAAGAACCAUGAGAGUGGAGGGAGAUCUUGAAGUCCCUUUGGGAUUUGUUUGCUUCAAGAAAGGUGCUUGUAAAAGGGCUGCGGCUGCAAAGGGAACUUGCGGAGGAGAUCUCUGGGGCCAGCAUGCGUCCACUUUCAGUGGGUGUGUGCUGCUGGGGAGAAAGGCUGCGUCUCAGGCCAGAAUCUCAGGGCGAGGGCCAGCGCUGGUGUUUGCAAACAGUGGCUGCCAGGGCUGAGGCUGCUUUGCAGAGGGAUGUUCAGUGCCACGAGAUGUGCAGGCUCAAGGUUUCCAGCUCUGCUUUCUGGUGUUAGAGGGUACGUCCUCUGCUAGGACCUGUGUUAGAUGUCAGGCCAUCCUGAGCAUCUUUCUCCCCAGUUUUCCCCGAACCUCGCCAGCAGGAACACGUGGUGGUUCUCUGAGAGGUGCAAGACAAGGCACCAACUCUCCUCGGAGCCAGGCAGCUGCAAGGAGCAGGUGCUGAGACUUCGAGCAGCUUUUUGGCUGUUCAAACCUGACAUCAGCGGGGAAUCGGGGCUCCCCUCUUCCCUCUGCAAGCCAGACUGGUGCAUCGCUGACCCCUCCUGAAGUUUGCAGCCGCUCCUGGCUGUUCCCCUCCCCUUAAUCCCCUUUUAGCAGCAGAGAGAGAAGCAAACGUCUUCCCCAGGGCUCUGCAGGUGAGCUCAGGGGUAAAACUCCCCAGCUUCGGGAGCUGGAGGAGGGACGGCCGGGUGCCCCCACGCCGUGUUUGCCAACGAGGUGUGGCCGCCGCGCCGCGAUUCGAACUGGUCGCGCAGCUUCGCGGCGCUCUGCCCUCCCCUCCGCCGGCGCCGAACGCUUCCCGGCCACGUCCCGCCGGCGGGCAGGUGAUGGUGGCUCUACCGGUCCCAUCCCAACCGGGGACGGCUCCGCUUGGGCAACCGGCGGGGUAAGGCGCGGUGAGUCAAGACAGCAGCAGGCUGCUGGGGAACCAGCGGCCGGGGUACGGGACGCUGCAGCGAGACGCCGAUAAAUCCCACAUGGAGGUCACGGGCUACCAGACCAAGACGUGGCGGGUGGCCCUGUGCCACGCUUGCUCCGUGCUGACGGCAGGGCUGCUUCUCGUCCUCUUCCACUGGAAGCCGAGCCUGGAGGUGCAGGCGAAGUGCAAGCCUUGCACCCUCGGCCAGGCUGACUGGGUCAUCAUCAGGGACCGAUUCGGCCAGUGCUUCACCACCCGCGUGCGCACGGAGUCGCUGGGCGAGGGCAGCCUGGAGCAACACCCCGGGGCCAGGCUGGAGGACCGGAGGACCAGCAUCGCCAUCGGCGUGUCGGAUGAGGAGGAGAGCCGGGACACCAUCCAGCUUCAUGACAAGGAGGAGAAGAACCUCUUGCGGUACUACCUCUUUGAGGGCAUGCGCUACAUCUGGAUCGAACGGCGGCAGGCGUUCUGCAAAGUCAGCGUCUUGGAUGAAGGCUGGACCUGCGCAGAUCUCCACCUCUCCCAGUCUGGCCUUGACCAACAAGACCACAACACCAGGAGGAAGAUCUACGGGCCGAACCUCAUCGAGGUGCCAGUCAAAUCCUACGCGAGGCUGUUGGUGGAGGAGGUGCUCAAUCCCUUCUACAUCUUCCAAGUGUUCAGCAUCGUGCUGUGGGUCUGCGAUGCCUAUUACUACUACGCCGCCUGCAUCUUCUUCAUCUCCACCAUCUCCUUAGGGCUGUCCCUCUAUGAGACGAGAAAGCAAAGCGCCACGCUGCAAAACAUGGCCAAGAUGUCUGUCGGGGUCCGAGUCCACCGCCCCAGCGGAGAGGAGAUGGUGGUGAGCUCCGCGGACCUGGUGCCGGGCGAUUGCAUCAGCAUCCCCACGGACGGGAUGCUGGUCCCUUGCGACGCCGCGCUGCUGACGGGCGAGUGCAUGGUCAACGAGAGCAUGCUGACGGGGGAGAGCGUGCCGGUGAUGAAAACUCCCCUCCCGGCUGGCAGCCAGGCAGCCAGCACCGUCUAUUCCCCCGAGGAGCACAGGCGGCACACUUUGUUCUGUGGGACACAGGUCAUCCAAGCCAAGUCCUACGUGGGCAGAGGAGUGCUGGCCGUGGUGACCCGCACAGGGUUUUGCACGGCCAAAGGGGAUCUCAUCAGCUCCAUCCUCUACCCCAAACCCGUGAGCUUCAAGUUCUACAAGGACGCUGUGAAGUUUGUCCUGUUCCUCUCCAUCCUGGCUUUUAUCGGCACGCUGUACAGCAUCCUCAUCUUGGUUAAAAACCAGGUCCCCGUGGGGCAAAUCAUCAUCCGUGCCCUCGACCUCAUCACCGUCAUCGUGCCCCCGGCUCUGCCGGCUGCAAUGACAGUGGGCACCAUCUACGCCCAGAACAGGUUGAAGAAACAGGGCAUCUUCUGCAUCAGCCCUCCCCGCAUCAACCUCUGCGGGAAGAUCCGCCUGGUUUGCUUCGACAAGACGGGAACCCUGACAGAGGAAGGUCUGGAUGUCUGGGGGGUGGUCCCGCUGGAGAACAACCACUUCGCGCCCAUCAUCCACGAGCCCCGCUGCCUGCCCGCCGGUCCCUUGCUCUACUCCCUGGCCUCCUGCCACACCGUCUCACUGCUGCGGGCACAGCCCAUCGGGGACCCCGUGGACCUCAAGAUGGUGGAAUCCACCGGCUGGCGCCUGGAGAUGAUGGAGGAGGAGGAAGGUGAGCUGCCCACCUUCCAGCAGUUUGGGACAAAGGUCUUGGCUGUGAUGAAACCUCCACCGGAGGAAGAACAGCCGCGAGACAGGAAGCACCAGUCACCCGUGGGGAUCCUCCGGCGUUUCCCCUUCUCCUCCUCCUUGCAGAGGAUGAGCGUCCUGGUGAAGCUGCCUGGGGAAGCCUCAGCCCACGUCUGCGUCAAGGGUGCGCCGGAGAUGGUGGCCAGCCUUUGCAGGAAGGAAACGGUGCCCGUGGAUUUCUCCCAGAUGCUGCGACACUACACCACGGAUGGUUUCCGGGUCUUGGGUCUGGCUUGCAAACCCCUGAGCACAGUGACCAGUUUCGAGGAGGCCCUGCAGCUCCCGAGGGACUCUGCAGAGAGCGGCCUGACCUUCCUGGGGUUCCUCGUCAUGAAAAACGUCCUCAAGCCAGAGUCUGCACCCGUGAUUCACCUCCUGAGGAACGCCAACAUCCGCCCCGUCAUGGUGACAGGAGACAACAUGCUGACGGCCGUGAACGUGGCCAGGAGCUGCCGCAUGGUGGAGCCGAAAGAGCGGGUGAUCUUCGUCAACGCCUCCCCGCCCAGCCACGACAAACCCGCCGCUCUGAAAUUCAUCCUGGCCGAGCACUCCCAGGGCGAAGAGCAGCCGGAGGGUCUGCCCAGGCAGGACGGCUGCUUCCUCCAGCCACAGCCCUGCCACUUCGCGCUGAACGGCAAAUCCUUCGCCGUGGUUUGCGAGCACUUCGCCGACCUGCUGCCGAAGAUCCUCAUCCGAGCCACUGUGUUUGCCCGCAUGUCGCCUGACCAGAAGACUCAGCUAGUGUGCAGCCUGCAAGAGCUCGACUACUGCGUGGGGAUGUGCGGGGACGGUGCCAACGACUGCGGGGCUCUGAAGGCGGCCGACGUGGGCAUCUCGCUGUCGGAGGCGGAGGCGUCGGUGGCCUCGCCGUUCACCUCCCGCGUGGCCAACAUCGAGUGCGUGCCCACCGUCAUCCGGGAGGGCAGGUGCUCGCUGGUCACCUCCUUCGGCGUCUUUAAGUACAUGGCCCUGUACAGCCUGGUGCAGUUCGUGUCCGUCCUGCUGCUCUACACGAUCAACACCAACCUGAGCGAUUUCCAGUUCCUCUUCUUCGACCUGAUCAUCACCACCACCGUGGCGGUGCUGAUGGGCCGGACUGGUCCUGCCCAGGAGCUGGGAGUGGAACGGCCCCAAGGGGCGUUGAUCAGCGUCCUCGUGCUGGGCAGCCUCCUCCUCCAAACGGCUUUGCUCAUCACCGUGCAAGUCCUCAGCUACUUCAUCACCGUCUCGCAGAGCUGGUACGUGCCGCUGAACAGCACGGUGACAGCUCCCCAAAACCUGCCCAACUACGAGAACACGGUCCUGUUCUGUGUCACGGGUUUCCAGUACCUCAUCCUGGCUGUCGCCAUGUCCAAGGGGUACCCGUUUCGGGAGCCACUCUACACCAACGUGCUAUUCUUGGUGGUCCUCGUCCUCCUUUUUGGCCUGAUGAUAUGGUUGACCCUCUACCCGCUGGGCUUCCCCAAAACCCUGCUGAAGCUGCAGGGCAUUGAUGACUUGAAUUUCAAGCUGCUGCUGCUGGGGAUCGCUGCCCUCAACUUCUUCGCCGCCUUUGUGCUGGAGACUGCCCUGGAUCACGGCUUGCUCUCCUGCCUCCGCAAGCUGCGCCGAAAGAAAGCAUCCAAGAAGCUUUUCAAGAGGCUGGAGAAGGAGCUGAGCCAGCAGCAGCCUUCCUGGCCGCCCCUUAACGAACCGCUCUUGGCUACACCCAAGAUGUCCAUCGCCGUGAGAUAGCACGCGUCGGGCUUCCCUCCUGCCUGCUCUGCCGGCGAGCGCUGCCUGCCAGCCCUCGGACACCGUCAUUUAUUUAUUUCUCCUGGUUAAAUCGAGGGAUGCGGCGGGCAGGCUCCUGGGGGGAGACCCUCAGCGUUGCAGCUGUGAAUCCACACGUGACAGUCCCCUGGCCGUGGCCGGGGGGAGAUGCUGGAGAAGCAAACUGGGGGAGAAGGUCCAGAAAAAGAGGAGAAACGGUGCAGCUCAGCUUUUCCUCCAGGACCUGUCCCGCUCCCGUGCUGGCCUCAGACCCAUCUCCCCACGCUGGGCUCUGGUACCGUUUUGCAGGGGGCUGCUGCCUCCCUUUUCCUCUCCUGGCUGGUCAGAACCACCAAGAAGAGGGUCCCCGAUCUUCUCACGGCGAGGGCACCCACCCCAGCCUCACGUCUUCGCUCACUGUGAAAAAACCCCUCCGCCUCCCCCCCUGCGACCACCCUAGAUGUGUAGGAACUGUUUACAAACCGUCCCGUCCCCGGCUUGCCAAGGAUGCUGCUCAAUCCCCACCUCCCAGGGACCAGCCACAGGCACCCUCUCCGCUUGCGAUGCUCCUGCAGAGCACUUCUGCUUUCGGACGGGACCUUUGUAGCAUUAAAAAAAAAAACCCGAGUCUCUUUAUUUUUGAACUCUGUUCCAGUGCAUUGAGGUAUAAGUGCAGUCGGGAGAAUGGUGUACCGCUUUCGGUUUCCGUAUGGUGCUGUCGUGAGUGUUGUCUAAUAAAUUAACACUAUUUUUCUUGA